GCUGCCCCGUCGAGCUUCCCGGGAUGCUGGGCCGCGGCGCAGGCACCCGCCGAGCCCCAGGUCGCUGAGGGGCCAGGCGAGGCACGGAGAUGGGGGCGCGCGACUGUACUCCGCUGCUGCUGCUGUCCUUUCUGCUGUUUCCUCUGGGCCUCCCAGUCCUGGGCGCCCCCCCACGCCUGAUCUGUGACAGCCGAGUCCUGGAGAGGUACAUCCUGGAGGCCAGGGAGGCCGAAAAUGCCACGAUGGGCUGUGUGGAAGGCUGCAGCUUCAAUGAGAAUAUCACUGUCCCAGACACCAAGGUUAACUUCUAUGCCUGGAAGAGGAUGGAGGUCCAGCAACAGGCCCUGGAAGUCUGGCAGGGCCUGGCCCAGCUCUCAGAAGCUAUCCUGCGGGGCCAGGUCCUAUUGGCCAACGCAUCCCAGCCAUGUGAGGCCCUGCGGCUGCAUGUGGACAAAGCUGUCAGCGGCCUCCGCAGUCUCACCUCUCUGCUUCGGGCACUGGGAGCCCAGAAAGAAGCCAUCCCCCUUCCGGAUGCAACCCCUUCCGCAGCCCCACUCCGAACAUUCACUGUUGAUGCUUUGUCCAAGCUUUUCCGAAUAUACUCCAAUUUCCUGCGGGGAAAGCUGACGUUGUACACAGGGGAGGCCUGCAGGAGAGGGGACAGGUGACCCGGUGCUAUCACCCUGGGCACGUCUACCACCUUGCUCACCAUCACUGCCUGCGCCAUGCCUUCCACACCGCCACUCCCAACCCCUGUCGACGGGCCACCAGCUCCGUGCCAGCCUGUCCCACGGACACUCCAGGGCCAGCGGUGACAUCUCAGGGGCUAGAGGAACUGUCCAGAGCUCAACUCAGAUCUAAGGAUGUCACAGGGCCAGUCUGAGGCCCCAAAGCUGGAGGAAUUCAGAGUUCAACCUAAACUUGGGGGCAGCACCAUGCUGGGGAGACACUGAAAUUCAGCUUGGCAUGCUGCUGAGCCGCAAUGCUGGGACAAGCUGGAGGAUGGAUACCUCCUUUUACACGUACCAAGCAGGGACAGGAUGGACUGGAGAAUUUAGGGAGCAAGACAUGAAUUCUCCGGGUCUCAUGGGGACUCCGUGACAGCAGAGUCCACUGGACAAGGAGGGUGGUGGGAGCCAUGAAGAUGGAAUGGGGGCUGGCCCCUGGUUCUCACUGGGUCCAAGUCUUGUGUAUUUUUCAACCUCACUGGCAAGAAGUGAAAC